CAGCUGCUCCCCGGCGAGCCGGCGUGCGGCCGUUUCCCCGCCUUCUCCGCCUCCCCCGCCGCCGUCCGCGAUUCAGGCCGCGCGCUGCCCACUUCCGCCCGCUCCGCCUGCCCCUGGAGCGAGCGAAGCCGAGCAAGUUGUGGCCGUCCGGCAGCCGGCGCGUCCCCGCUUCCUCCUCUCCUCCUCUGCUUUUCUCCCUCCCUCUUCUUCCCUGGCCGCCGCCCGGAGGCCGAGAGACCGCCGAGCGCCCCCAGCCCCCGCCGCCGCCGACAUGAGCUUCUUGUUUGGUAGCCGCUCCUCUAAAACUUUUAAACCAAAGAAGAACAUUCCGGAGGGUUCUCACCAGUAUGAACUCUUAAAGCACGCAGAAGCCACGCUUGGCAGUGGCAAUCUCCGGAUGGCUGUCAUGCUUCCUGAGGGCGAAGAUCUAAAUGAAUGGGUUGCAGUGAACACUGUGGAUUUCUUCAAUCAGAUUAAUAUGCUUUAUGGAACAAUCACAGAUUUCUGUACAGAGGAAAGUUGUCCAGUGAUGUCUGCUGGCCCAAAAUAUGAGUAUCAUUGGGCAGAUGGAACAAACAUAAAGAAGCCUAUUAAGUGCUCUGCGCCAAAGUAUAUUGAUUACCUGAUGACUUGGGUUCAGGACCAGUUGGAUGAUGAGACAUUAUUUCCAUCAAAAAUUGGUGUCCCGUUUCCGAAGAAUUUCAUGUCUGUGGCAAAAACUAUACUCAAACGCCUCUUUAGGGUUUAUGCUCACAUUUAUCAUCAACAUUUUGACCCUGUAAUCCAGCUUCAGGAGGAAGCGCAUCUCAAUACAUCUUUCAAGCACUUUAUAUUUUUUGUCCAGGAAUUCAACCUUAUCGAUAGAAGAGAACUUGCACCACUCCAAGAACUGAUUGAAAAACUCACCUCAAAGGACAGAUAAAAGGAUGAAGAGCUGUGCAAGUUGUUCCUCAGAUGAAGAGUGUUGAGUGUAUAUGGAUUUUGUGGUGUUUUAUUUUUAUCUCAGUCAUUUUUGUCCUAGGUUUGGGGGGCUUGUUUGGGUUUGAUUUUCUUUAUUCUGAAUAAAUGAAACCAUACUCUGUUGCUAGAGGAAGCCAAGAACCAUUCUCUAUAUAUUUGAUAGGGGUAAACUUUGUCUUAGUGGCUGGCAUACGGUUUUUGUAUUUUUACUUGGUCUGAUUACUUGCAGACUUUUUGAUAAUACUGUGUGUUGAAAGAAAAUGCUUACUUGAUUAGAUUGCUGAUGGAUGGGGGUUCUGUGUUGUGUAAAUUGUGGCCGGUUUUUGAAGUCCCCAAGAGACUUAUGUUUUUAAGUGCCUUGGCAGGCUCACUUCUGAGGUGCAAAGCACAGACAUAGAACUGAACAGGGCUUGAAAUAUUAGGAAUACUAUCCAGGGCACUUACUGAUGCAUGUUUUAAAACAUCUGUGAUAAAAGCCAUAGUUUACCUAAAUUGGUGAUCUCCAGCUUUUACUACAUUGAAGCAACACAAUUUGUAAAGGUGUGCAUGUAGAACAUAAAAAAGUGGUAUUAUUUUUUGAUAUUGGUGGUAAUUCUGUUCAACAAAUGCGUAAAGUUCUACAAGGAGGUCUUUUUCCAUCUCUUGGUAUCUGUGAUAUUAAAACUUGAGGAUGUUGAAGUGUAAUACCUAUUGUAUUUUAGCUUCUUUCCACGUGUUAACUGCACUGUAGGUGUAAAAUUUCAGGUUAUAUAUAGGUUUGCCAUCUUCAGAGGUGAUGCUGAACUGUGAGGUUUCUUAGCAAUUGCCAAAUGAGCCAUAAGUCUACAGAAUUCCCUUCUGUUUUGAAGAGGAGGGGAUGGAUAGGAGUGUGUGCUUGGUUGGGAGGGUUCACUUGUAUGGGGAGCUAUAGAUGGGGUAAGUAUGCUGAGUCAAGUUCAAAAGGUCUUGUCUUAAAAUCCUUGAAUAGAGUGGCAUGAAGAUUUUAAUCAAUUUCUUGUAAACAAAGUCUUAGAGACUUCCUUUUAAGAAUCAACUUCCAUGAGAAGUUAAAAAUAAAUUAUUAAUUUUAGGUGUAGACAUUAAUCACGAAAUUUAAGGACCGUUUGGAGGAAUUGAUCACCCUCCAGCAUUUCCAUUCAGUGAAUGGAGCUGGUGUUUGCCUGUCAUUUUAAAAUGAUACAGUAUCUUCUUUGCUUAUGAUAGGCCUAAUGUGAAGCAUUCUGACUUCUGAUUUUUCCACUGUGAAAGGAAAUCUUUUUCUUUGCAGUGAUAUCAAACAAUGAAAGUGCUAAUUUGGUAGUAUUAACUUUUACAUUUUAUUUGUCAUGACUUUCUAGUGAAUUCUUCCCAUCAGUAAAAAGUUCAGAAACUUAGUUUUAAAAAUAAUUUUAGCAUUUUUUACUUCAGUUUUAUUCUCAAAAAGUAUCUUUUUCAGGCUUCCAGUUUUAAUUUUAUAAUUUCUAGUAAAUUUCAUUCCUUCAGUUACCGCUCUAUAGUCUUCCCUCAGUUUGAAAUACAUACCUUUUUCCUUGUAGAAUAGAAAUCUUGUUCUGAAAUUAUAUAGACUAAAAAAUGGUCAGUAGGAAAGAAUCUAAAAUGAAAUCACUUUGUUUUUGCCAUCAACAAGGAGAGCAGUGAUACAAUUUAAUGCCAUUGCAAUUACGAUAAUUAGGAACUGCCUUUUUCUCCAUUUCAUUUCUAACAAUCAUUCUCCAAGUACCAACAGUAGAAGUAACAGGAAAUCCUGGCAGAGGCAAAUAUAUUGGACACCUAUUGGUAAUGUUUCUUCACAGAUUGCAGUGAGAACAAGCUGACUUCCUUAAAACAAAUCUUUUAUUACCCAGAUAGGUAGUAUCAGCCACUAUGGUUGAUUGAAAAAUAAACUUUAGUGUCAAAUAAUUUUGGGUCCUGUUUAAUUAUGAAAACGAAGCACAUGAUUUUUCAAGUAGUCUUCCAUACUGUAUUUAACUUUAUAUCAACCCAGUAACAGAGGGGUUGCAAGAGCCAUGUGUAGAGAAUAGUGAAAAAUUGUUCUUGCUCUUUUUAAGCCUUACACACUAGUACACUGUAAAAAUGGAAAAAUGUUUCUGUAAAUUAAUGUUUAGUAGUAGGCCCUAUUUCUACUGUAGGUAGAUAGGAGUUGUCACUGUGUCAGAAUCUCAGGUGCCUGCUUCUGAGUAUUCCUUUCAACUGAGGUAUUAUUAGGAAGUAAGGAGAUGUGUAAGUGUAUAUAUGGUAACAAAGUAGAGAAGUUCUCCCAGGGAGAGGCCUGGAAUUGUACAUGGUAUUACAUGACUGUAGGUAAGGAAAGACUCACCGGAGCAUGUGAGAAAUAACUGAUUGAACAGAACGUUGCUUUGAUUAGUUCCCAUGAGCAUUUAGAUGCCCUUUACAGAAUAAGGAUCAAAUCUUGGUUUUACAGCAGAGUUUGCUUAUGAAUGUGUCUUAGAUUCUUUCCAGAUCUCUUAAUUUAUAAAUAAGCAAGAUAAUGGUUUUCCCCCUUGUUCUUUAUACAGAGAUAUAAAGCAAAAGUUGGUUUUCUCAACCACUAAUAAAAGCUUCAAAUAUAAAAUAGUAAGUUAACGGAGUAUUAUUGUCACAAUGCUUUGGUUAAAUGUUGAAAUGAAGCAAGUUUUAGGAAUGAUUUUAAAUGAUGGAGUAAUGGUGGUGGAGAGAAAUUAAUAACAAAGAGUGAAAAUCUUUCAUUAAGCAGUAGAUGGUGCUGCUGGAUUUCAUUUGCUGACUUGAUUAUUUUAUUUCCCAUAAAAACCAUGACAUUAGACUGCAUUAAAACAGUAGCAUGUGUUAGUUUCGCUGGUAGAGGCUUUGGUGGUCAGUUUACUUUAAAUUGAAAGAUUUUAGAUCGUUCUUUCUACUUUUGUCAUUUGCAAAUUCUAAAGGGUCAGCAUAAAAUGUAUUGGGUGGGAGAAGACAGGUUUAGUGUAUAAUAGAUCUCAGACCGAGUUACUGCCUGGUUACCAGGAACAAUAAAACACUACAAUCUCUUAUCUUCAGGAAAUACAGAUGAUGUGGAUACUUCUAUUUCACACGUAGUCACCAAACUCCGUUUUAUGUAUUAGCAUUUUCCUUGCUUACGGGAAAAUAGCAAAAUGACAUUUGUUUUAUACCUUGUGUACACCCUCUCCGAGAGAGGCUUUGAUAACCACUGAAAUGGUAAAAUACGUGAGAUACAAUUAUUAAGUUGUGGGACUUUCUUUUAAAAUAAGUAUGUCAUACCUUAAAUAUCCUAAUGAGAGUCGAUCUUCAGAGUGGUUCCUGGGGGAGCACUACUCUUUCCAGCUAUGUUUUGAAGGUUUCAUGUUUUUAGAACACUUAGUGAUACCUGAGAAUUGGUUUAUGACUAUGCAAGAAAAUUCAUCAUUUUAGUUGCACUGAAAACUUUUGGCAGCUUGAUGUGACCUAUCUCAGUCACCAAACCAACUUUACUUUGCUGUCUUUUUAGAACUAAACCAUUAGGGAAGUUCAAAAGACUGCCACAGGUUCUGAAUUUGUAGAAGAAAAUGUUUUGAGCAUUGGUAGCAUCAUUUAAUAAGGGAGUAGUGCCUGAUUUCACUACUUUGAAGUAUACAGUAUCAUUUGGAUGUAUAGAUCUUAUUUAAUUUUUAAAAAAUUUAGUUUAAUUGCCUUACAGCUAAAUAUAAUUAAAAAAUCAAAGUCUAUCUCUUGUUUUCUAAUUUUAUUUCUUUCCCUGAUAGCUUUUGUAUUUUAUCUCAACUACUGUAGGAUAUUUUUGGUUGAAGGGAUAGUAAGAAAAAAAUGGAUCCAAUAUUUAAGAUAGAAGUAGCUUAAGGUAACAACAGCCUUUACUUUUUAAACAUAUUUUCACUCAAAUGAACAAUAAGAAUUUAAAGACUGCAGAUCAUUGUACAAAGAAAUUGGAAUAAAUUUUAUAUAAUAAUUAUGCUGAGUUUUAUGCCUGCAUAUCACAGAUAUUUAAAAUUGUAUAAUCAUUUCAUAUAUCAUUUAUAACUUUAAAAUUUUCAGUGUCUUUUUAAAAGAUGUGGGACUUGUAAUUUGUACUUUGUAAUUUGAAAAUGUAACUGUAUACCAAGGAGAAAACUGAUUUUGCAACUUAAUCUGCAAUACUAAAGAAUAGACCCAAUUUUUACAAACAGUAUGCUGGGUCAGUACUUGAAGAACCACUCCUAAAAUAACUUAAAUAUUGGAGUUUUGUCAUAAUAUUAAGAUUCACCCAUAGGAAUUACUGGUUUUUUUUGUAUCGGUUCAAUGUUGUAUGAAAUUAAUAUUUAUAGGUAAAGAUAUGUCAAGAUUUCAUGGAAAAGUUUAAUUUUAAGAUACAACAAUUCUGAAAACAAUUUGAAUUUUUAAGAUGUUCCUAAUGAGUUAGUCAUAGAGAAUAAUUUAUUUUAAAGGUAUGAUACUGUGUUCCAUGUCUUCCAUUUAUAGCUGGACUGGUUCUUAAAUUUUGACAAAAGAGAGAAAAUACAGAUUAAAGUACUGAAUAAUCUCAGUUUUUCAAGUAUGAUGCAAAUUCUUUUUGGGCAUGUAAUGCUGUGCAAUAGAACAUUUUAGAUUAUAAUUCUCAAAGCUACUGAAAUCACUGGCCUUUUUUCACUCUGUUUGUCAUCUCCUUUUCCUUAAGCUAUUGACUUACCACCUCCUGACCCGCCGUCGCACUAAGAAAACAAGGCAGAUAGGUUUAUUGUGCAGGUCCUCCUUGUUACUGAUUGUCAAGUACUUUCUGUCAGUACACUGGCAGAAGUGUUGGAAGGUGCAACUUAUGUAAGUAUUUUUGGGUCGUUUUUGGUUGACAGCUUCAUUUAAAUUAUGUCACUGGACCAGAGAUUAUAAGUGAUAUAAAAGUUUUGUUAAUAUUUAAUUUUUCUUCUGUGUUAUUAAAUUCUUAUGUUGGUGUUUUGCACAUGUUUUCGUUUUUAUUUUGUUCUGAAAUACUUGUGCAAAUUGUAAAAUAGAUUAGCACAUUUACAUGUUAAGAACAUGUUUCUCCUUAAAUUGUUCUACAGAAGUAAUUAUUUUUAGGGGAAAUAGUUUUUUACAGCCACUAGAUUGUAUUUGUUAUUUUUGUACAUGCAUAACUAAGGUGAUAAGGACCCUAAUCCUGUGGAGAACACUUAACGUUUGUUCUGUUUGAAAUUUUCCUAUACAUUAUUACUGAAAAUUAUGAAGGAACUGUCAUGAAAUCUAGUUGAGAGAGAAUACAGUGAACAUGACAUGACUUCAAAGUUGAGUAGAGAUCAUUUCUGAGGACAAAAGCUGAAUAUUGCCAGUACCAAAAAGUGGAAACACAGUGGCAGCAUUCACACUGUGUAAAUAUUGCAGAGAAUACAAAAGACAGGCAUCUUGCUCUCAUGGAGAUACACAGUUUUUCUCUAUUUUAAGUAGCUGGAAGGGGAAAAAUGGUCUAAAAUGUGAAAUGCAACAUGAACACUGUAUUGAAAACUGUGCCAAGAUUACUCAAAUUCUAGUUAUUAAUCACCAAAGUUUAAUUGCUCCAUCAUUUUAUUUUAAAAGGGGAUACUGAAUGUCAGAAAAUCUGUAAUAUGUUUGAGAGAUGUAAAUAACGUAUAUAGACUUGUAUGUGAUGGAAUGGAAAUAUUUAAAUUCUAGGGUUUUUUUUUUAAAGGAAGAAACGGAAUGUUUAUUUAAAAAAUUAAUAAAUAGUUAUGUUUGGCCAUGAAUCCUGACUUGGCAUUACUGAUUAUUAACUGUAGAUGUUCCCACAUUAAACACAUUACUAGAGAAAUAUUGAAAGUAUGGAAUAUGUCGGAUAUAUAAGAUUUGUUAGGCAUUAUUUUAAAGGUUUAUUUAUUUUAGAGAGAGAAAGAGCACACAAAUAUGUGCAUGUGAGUUGGAAGACAGGCAGAGAGAAUCUUGAAGCAGACUCCCUGCUGAACUCGGAGUCUGACGUGGAGCUGCAUCCCACAACCCAUGAGAUCAUGACUUGAGCGAAACCAAGAGCUGCUCACUUAACCGCCUGAGCCACCCAGAUGUCCCUGUUAGGCCUUAUUUUUAAUAAGGUUCACAACAACCCCAGAGCUUAGUAUCUCAUUGACUUACAUACUAGAAAACUGAAACCCAGGAAUUGUAUAAGUCACUGAUGAGGACCAAGAUAUAAAAACCCAAAUAGGCUUGACCUUGAAGCCAGUGCUUUUGUUUGUUUUCUUUAAAUAUUCUGCUGCCAUGAGGAUGGUUAGCAACAUAAUUGUUGGCCUUUCUAUCAAGCUUUUACCUAUUAUUUUAUUUUCGUUAUAGACCAAUAAGGAAUAUUAAUAAACAGUUUUGGAGGAUCUUCAUUUUGUCCUGAUACCUAAAUUGUGUGUGUUAGAGUAUUCUCAGAGUCAUUAUUUAGAGAUAUUUAUGUUUAGAGGCAUUUUGUGUUUGGAUCAUCAAGUCACCACAGUUGCCCAGUGUCACUAAUUGAUAUUUAUAGAAAAGAUAGGAGUAGAAGAAAUACUAGUCCAUACUGAUAAGAUUUGUGCCUGUAACUUUAAUGAAAACACCUUGUUACUUUGCACGUAUACUAUCUACAAAGCAUCCAUUGUGUAUAAAGAAACAAACACCCAUGUAAAAAUUAACUAUAUUUUCAUAAUUAGGUUCACUUGCCUCUAUUGUACUAAAUUUAAAUAGUUAAUUCUUCACUAUAUAAUACUAUUUGGAAAGAUGCAUUUUGGUAUCAAGUUCUAAAUAUUCCUUUAAGUAACCAUGUUUAAUAAAUGUUAAACUCCUGUGUUAAGUAGCCUAUUGAGUACAGUGUCACAUUUUCUUGAUGACCUAGCAUGCAGCAUAAUAUAUUUUCCUUUGAGAAGGAGCUAUAUGGGAUCCAUGGCUCCCUGUUCUUGUCCUUCUAGCAAGUUAUUAUGCUGUUGCACUUAAGACUUGCCAGAAGUACCCUGACUCCCCACUCUUGCUUUUAUGAUGGCUUCAGCAUUCGUAGGUUUCUAGGCAAUAAUGACGGUUGCAAGGAGUAAUAUAUAACCAAGCUUAUUAAGUCAAUAAAUACCAUUUUACAGAAGUUGUUAGAUUGGUGUAUACAAAUGCAUGGGCUGUAAUCACUACUUAUCAAUGUUCAGGGACUUUUUUUUUUCUCCCCUUUGUUCUCAUUUUCUGAGUUGCUUUAGAGUUUUCUUAAUAAACCCAUAUGUCAAGA